AUGAGCGAAAGAAAUACUGUUUAUAUUGGAUCAAGAAAAUCACAAUUAGCUAUGCUCCAAACAGAAUGGGUUAGAGAUAGAUUACAAGAAUUAAAUCCAAAUAUCAAGGUUGAAAUUAAAACUAUGGAUACUACAGGUGAUAAGGUUUUAGAUGUUUCACUUUCAAAAAUUGGUGAUAAAGGUUUAUUCACAAAGGAAUUAGAAGAUAUGAUGUUAAAUGGUUCAGUCGAUUUAGCUGUUCAUUCAUUAAAAGAUAUACCAACAAGAUUACCAGAUGGUUUAAAAUUAGGUGCAAUUACAAAAAGAUAUAGUACAUCAGAUGCAUUUAUUGCAAAUGUUAAAAAACAUGGUAAGGAUUGUAAAUUAUCAGAUUUACCAAAUGGUGCAUUAAUUGGAUCAUCAUCAUUAAGAAGAGUUGCACAAUUAAAGAAAUCAUAUCCACAUUUACAAUUUAAAGAUAUUAGAGGCAAUUUAAAUACCAGAUUCAAUAAAUUAGAUGCAGUUGACAGCGAAUAUGAUGGUAUGAUUUUAGCAGUUGCAGGAUUGGAAAGAAUGAACUUAACUGAUCGUAUCUCACAAGUUAUUCCAGAUGAAAUUUCACUUUAUGCAGUUGGUCAAGGAGCUUUAGGUAUUGAAUGUAAAGAAAAUGACCCAUUCAUCGAAAAAAUUUUAGAACCAUUAAAUCACAGCGAAUCAAUGAUGCGUUGCAAAGCUGAGCGUAGUAUGCUUAGAGAAUUAGAAGGUGGCUGCCAUGUACCAAUUGGUGUUGUCACUAAAAUUAAUCAAAACAAUAUCCUCGAAAUUAAAGGUAUUGUUUUAAAUUUAGAUGGUUCAAAAUAUAUAGAAUCAUAUAUUGAAGGUCCAGUAGAACAAUAUGAACAAUUAGGUAAAGAUAUUGCCGCUGAUUUAAUUAAAAAAGGUUCAAAAGAAAUUUUAUCAGAAUUACCAAAAAAAAAUUAA